ACAAUUGUUUUUUUUUUCAGCAAUGAGAAUAGAUAAAAUGGAUAAGAUUGAAUCUAUUGUCCCGAAUUGUCCGUCUGGUCUCUGUAUUUCCAAACAGGACUUCUUGAAACCUGAUUUCUCCGUAGACAACUUCUUCAUAGAGCAGAGUGUGAAGGACACCCCCUUGGACACGCUCAGAGAUGAUCUAGGAAUAUAUCUAAAGGUAUUAAGAUCGAGUAUGAUUGAGCUGAUUAACGACGAUUAUGCUGAUUUUGUGAAUCUUUCCACUAAUCUGGUUGGGCUGGACUCCAGUAUUGUGAAGCUUCAGGAGCCUCUUAUUAAAGUCCAAACUGAAGUUGAACUAGCGAGCAAAGGAAUUGAAUCAACACUAAACACUGUGAAAACUAAACUAGAGCAACAAGCAGCUAUAAGGGAAAAGAAAGAGAAUUUGUCUAGCUUACAGCAUAUUUGGGAAACAUUGGGCAAAAUCGAGCGUAUGCUUGCAAAAGAAACGCAAGGUGAUGCUUGUAUUCCUACCGAUGUUGCUGAAAGAAUAGCCUCUGAUGUAAAUCAUCUUCUCUUCUCUGUUUCAAAGAUGAAGGAGUCCUGUAUGAUUCAGGAGAUGCAACCUAGGAUAGAUAUGGUUUGUGAUAAACUUAAUUCUUCCCUUGAUCUUAGUCUUAUUCAGGGAUUACAGGAAGGGAAGUGUGUGAAUAUAUCCCAGUGCUGCCGAAUUUAUGCAACUAUUGACCGAAUAUCCUGUGCAGAACAAUUAGUCCGGGAGAAGGUUGUUAACCCUGUACUGAAAACUAUUCUCACAGAAUCCUGCCUAGAGAAUGAUGCGCAAGGUUUACGAGGUGUAUACCAGCUGGUUCUACAAACUAUACCUCAAUACCUCUCACAGUUAGGUAAUUUAAACAUUAUUGACAAGGUGUAUACAGCUGGUUCUACAAACUAUACCUCAAUAUCUCUCACAGUUAGGUGUAUACCAGCUGGUUCUACAAACUAUACCUCAAUACCUCUCACAGUUAGUAGUUUUAUAUUUUCCCCGGGAAACCCCCAGGAGUUCUUUAAGUACUACAAUGAUUCGGUUUAUUUUCUCAGUGAACUUGAGAAAUAUUUGGUAACAGAAGAAAGUGUUCUAAGGCUCAGGAACCAGCCUAGCUAUAUAAAGUUCCAUGAGAGCUGGAACCUGGCAGUAUAUUUCCAGAUUAGGUUCCAGGAGAUUGCAACGCCGUUCGAACUCUCGCUAGGAGGUGAUAUGCUGGAAAGAGCAGAGUUUAGUGACCCUAAACUCUUCCUGCGCUGCUCGGAGCAAUUACUGUCAGCGCUGCGGAACUGUUUCGACCAGCAAAUAUUUCUGCUGCCACUAGCGGACAAGUUCUUCAAGCUAGCCCUGCAGAUUAUAUCAAGAUACCGAGUUUGGGCUGGUCGCUGUGUUGACCUCUAUGAGAAGGAAAAGGAGGAAACUAAGAAUAAAAUUGUGAAAUCUGUUACUUCUAAGGAUCUUUUAAAUAUUCAGUCUGAGAGGGCGCAUAAACGAUCUAGUUCCGACCAGAACCUUCUAGAACUUGACAAGACGGAAACUUCCAAGAUAUCAAUCACUCUCAGUAAUUUGGUAAUGAUAUAUUCUGAUACUGUUCUGCUCUGCUCCCUGCUCCCUAGCUUGCUCUCAGAGCUAUUCUACUCUGCGCUGGGAAACCAAGAGAUAAAUAUCGAGAACGCUAUCGAUGCGAGUAUCCGGGAUCUGGAGAGUAUUCUGUCUAGUAUAGAACAGAAGAUUAUCCUAGGGGGUGGACUAGAUCCUACUAAACUAGUUAAACAGGUAUCGGAUAUACCCAGAAUAUACAGAAGGACUAACAGAGAAACUCCCACCAAACCAUGUCAAUACGUCAUUGCCCUGGUAGACACCCUUACAGAGUUCAGACAACAGCAUCAGCCCUUCUGCUCCCAGCAGAGUAUGGAAAAAUGGUUGGCGGGUAUAGUGGAGAAUAUUCUAACCCAGUAUCUUGUCAAUGUAACUGAUGUACUUAACAAUGUAACAAAGAUGGAGGAAAGUUUACGUAAGCUGAAGAAAGUGCGUGAGCGUGGAGGUGCUGGGGCUGGGCAAGGCGCUGGUAAAGCUGGUGGUGGACUCUCUGAUGAUGAUAAAAUUCGUCUUCAAAUUUACGUUGAUGUUAUGUUUUUCUCCAGGGAGGUAGAAAGCUGGGGUGUCAAAGAGUUGAAGAAUUUAGAAGAAAUAAAAUCUGUUGUACAUGGCGCUGCCGGGGCCUUUGCACCACAGUACAGUACAUAAUAAGAAGCAUGUGUACGGUGAACACUGAACACACUAGUGGUCAAGGUUAUAUAAUAAGGUUGCUAACUCUUGAUGCGCUCCAAUGUACGGGAAAUGUCGUCUCCUAAGCAUAUAUAGAUAAAAUCCUUUUAUGACAUCACAGAUCCCUACUCUCGACUCUAGUAUUAGUGACAUCAUCAUAUACAGAUUUUAUCUAUCUAUGCUUAGGAGACGACAUUUCCCCUACAUUGGAGCGCAUCAAGAGUAUGCAACCUUAUUAUAUAACCUUGCUAGUGGUAGACCUUUAAGUACAGGGUGUCCCACGAAACAUGACAGUUGAUAAAUAGUUUAAAAUGUCGUCUUCC